CACACCCCGCAGCCAAUCACCCAGCAGGCUGCUCGCGCGCGUGCUCAAGAGGCGCGCGGCGGGGCAGGGGACCGCCAUGGCGAGGGGUACCCGGAAGUAGCGUCGUUCUCUGGCGGUGGGGGCUGGUCGUCAUGGCGACGGCGCCCCCUGAGGAGGCCCCGGAGGAGAGUCGGCCGCCGCCUGUCGCCAGGCAGGAUCCUGGUAUUGAAACAGCAGAAGAAGCCACUGAACCGGCAGAGGCAGAUAUCAAUGAACUUUGUAAGGAUAUGUUCAACAAAAUGGCCAUUUACCUCACAGGUGAACUGACAGCUACUAGUGAAGACUACAGACUCCUGGAAAACAUGAACAAGCUCACGAGUUUGAAAUACCUGGAGAUGAAAGAUAUCGCUAUAAACAUCAGCAGAAACCUGAAAGACUUGAAUCAGAAAUACGCUGGCUUGCAGCCGUACCUGGAUCAAAUCAAUUUGAUUGAGGAGCAAGUGGCAGCUUUGGAGCAGGCGGCCUACAAGCUGGAUGCCUAUUCAAAGAAGCUUGAAGCAAAGUACAAAAAACUGGAGAAACGAUGAGGGAAGCCCUUUCUAUAAUGGGCUUUUUUCCCAUUCUGGAAUUCUUCACGGAUGCCCCAGCAGUCCGAAAAUACAUCCCUGGCUUCACAGAAUGCAUACAGUGACAUUCUCCUGACCAGAACUGUGGCAAAACUCCUGGAACAGGGACAGCUGUUCUUUCCUGAAGUGGAAAUGUCUUCCUUCCUCUCCUUGGAGAUACUGGGCCUCUUUACCCUUUUCUUACACGUUCGACUGAGAGCUGAUCCACAAGCCACCGCUCACAGCCAUGGUUUCAGCUCCUCCGCCCCAAUAACGCCCUUUUUUCUGCAACUCUGAGAGCUGCCAUCCCUGCUUGCCUGAUCUUAAGUUGUUUGAGCUGGAUCAUGGCCAUUCCUGUGGCCUGGAAAGCCACACUCCAUUUGUGAGUCUGGAAGCUUCCAGUGCAGAGUGAAGCACAGUGUUGCGGGAACAGCAGCGUAGGCUAGUAGAGCAUCCUCCCUGCUGUCCUUUUCUUUGUGCAUAAUAAAGAACACUUGGAAAGGAA